GCGGGACCAGCGCGCGGGCCUCCGCCGCCGCGGCCUGCGCGACCCUUCGCGGGGCUGACGGACCGGGGCCGGGCGGGGACGGCGGGGACGGCGGGAGCUUCGGGCCUCAGUCUCCCCGGGGCCGCGGAGCCCGCCUUUGACCCCAGCGGCGCGCCUGUCGUCCAGGUAAAGGUGCGCCCGAGGGCGGGGCCGGGCCGGGGAGCCGCCCCUGCCCCGCACCGGCCGGGGGAGGGGGCGCCCCGAGCGAACUGUGCCCCGAGCUUGACUCUGUCGGUGCCAGGCUGGACGCCAUUAGUGUAUUCAUUUUCCAUAUGAAGAAACUGAGGCACGGAGAGGCUAAAGCCACACAGGCCUGCUAAGAUGCCUGUCAUGGUGGAGGACAUCAUGAAGCUGCUGUGCUCCAUUUCUGAGGAGAGGAAAAUGAAGGCAGCCGUCAAGCACUCUGGGAAGGGUGCCCUGGUCACAGGAGCUGUGGCCUUCGUUGGUGGUUUGGUCGGUGGUCCACCGGGACUAGCUGUUGGGGGGGCUGUCGGGGGUCUAUUAGGUGCCUGGAUGACAAGUGGACAGUUUAAGCCAAUUCCUCAGAUCCUAAUGGAGCUGCCCCCUGCCGAACAGCGGAGGCUCUUUAACGAAGCCACUGCCAUUGUCAGGCACCUGGAGUGGACAGAUGCCGUGCAGCUGACCGCGCUGGUCAUGGGCAGCAAUGCCCUGCAGCAGCAGCUGCUGGCGAUGCUGGUCAACUACGUCACCAAAGAGCUGCAGGCCGAAGUGCAGUACGACGACUAGGCUACUGCCCCAGGGAAGUGGGGCUUUUGUGUAGCAGAUUCUGUGACUCCUAGAAGAUGACCGGAGAGUUGGGGGAAGCGCAGUAGGUUUCCCUGAGAAAUCUACACAUCAUCAAUGUAUUACCUUAAACUGGAGUGGAAUCUCUUGCUGGAGAGGCUACUACUAUGUUGCAUCAUGUUCCAGUAAUUAUUUAUGAAGAAGUUAUGUUUUUGCGGUCAUGUGCUCUAAUGAGCACUGACAGCCUUUGAUUGGGAAGCCUGUGAAAAGCAAAGGCAUGCGUGUUGCAGGCCUCAGCGGCAGUUUUCUGAGUCCUCUCUCGCCAGCAUGGGAGUCUGGAGGGAGUUAUCAUGUUCGUCUUUCUGACUACCCUUCAUUCUCCCCCGGUGGGGCCUUCUCAUCUCGUGGAGAUGAGUUGUCUUCCAAGCACCUGUUGUAGGACUGGAUCCCCCCCUCUUUGGCCCCAGAGUCUUAGGAUCUGAGAGCUGGCUCAUGCUGGAAUCGUAAUUACCUCCUGAGUGUGUGCCUUCCCUGCCCAGUGACUUCUAAGUGGCCUCAUGGAGGGGGACAGUCGGCCUGUUGAGCCAAACUACAAUGCCAAGUGCACUGGCCUCUUCUCCCAUGAGCUGCUUUCUUCUUCCCAGGGUCUUGCUUUCCUCACCAGAAAAGUCAUGGUAGUUCUUGAGUUAUGCUUUUUACAUGAAGUAUUUUCAGCAAAAAGUAUUGCUUUUUCUGAAGUGAUGGGAUUAUAAACCAAGUCAAAGAAAUGUUUCCACCCUAAAAAUUCCCCUAAUACUGUAUGCACUUUGCUUUCCGAACUACAACUUGAGUGAGUGUCAUCAAAUUAUAAUAAAUUUUUUUCUGAAAAGUCUUUUUCCCACA